AUGACAUGCAUGUGGAAAAAGAUGAAGAAGCUGAGGAAGCAGACGGUGCGGACCCUCUCUCUGAUCCUGUGCAUGUUCUCCUACCUGCUGGUGGGCGCCGCCGUGUUCGACGCGCUCGAGUCGGAGUCGGAGAGCGCGAGGCGGCGCGUGUCCGAGCAGCGGCGCGCGGAGCUCAAGGCGCGCUACCGCUUCACGGACGACGAUUACCGCGAGCUGGAGCGCGUGGUGCUGCGCGCGGAGCCGCACAGAGCCGGGACGCAGUGGAAAUUCGCCGGAUCCUUUUACUUCGCCAUCACAGUCAUUACCACGAUCGGUUAUGGCCAUGCAGCUCCAGGUACGGACGCUGGGAAAAUCUUCUGCAUGUUUUACGCUGUUCUCGGGAUCCCUCUGACUCUGGUCAUGUUUCAAAGCCUGGGUGAAAGAAUGAACACUUUUGUGCGUUUCCUGCUCCACCGGGGGAAAAAGUGCCUCGGUUUCCGGUAUACGAGCAUAUCCAUGGAGAACAUGGUCCUCGUGGGCUUCCUGUCCUGUCUGGGCAUGCUGUGUUUGGGUGCGGCUGCUUUCUCACAUUUUGAAGGCUGGACAUUCUUUCAUGCCUACUACUAUUGCUUCAUCACACUCACCACCAUCGGCUUCGGUGAUUUCGUGGCUCUGCAGAAGAAAGGUGACCUCCAGGAACGUACGCCGUACGUCAUCUUUAGCUUCGUGUACAUCCUGGUGGGAUUGACGGUGAUCGGAGCUUUCCUCAACCUCGUGGUGUUGCGCUUCCUCACCAUGAACACGGAGGAAGAGAGGGAACGAGCGUCAUUAAAGAGGAAAGAACGCAACUUAGGUUCUCUCGCCAACCAGAAUAGUCAUAGCACGCUUUUUUUGCCGAUGGAAGAGGGGACAAGUUGCACUAACCUCAUCCCGUCUCCGGCGAACGAAUGCUACCACCGUCCAGCUCUUCCUCGCCCUUCGAGUCCGGCUCGCCAGCAGUCGGAUCUCAAUUCUCUUUGCUCUUGCUGCUAUCGUUUUGAUUUGUGCCCCAGCUUCAUUCCAUCUCAGCCCGCCUGCAACGUUGAUUCGGUUUACUACAGUUCCAUUUCUUAUCGGAUCCAUGGAGGUUCCUUUACCAGGGAAAACACAGGAUUUUCUUCCCCGGGAAGCACUCUGUCUCCUGGGCACAGUUUCAGAGAACUACCCCGUUUACGGAGGAAAUCCGUCUGA